CGACGACAGACCACUUGACACUACAUUUCUCAGCAGACGUCGUACUCUUGUACAAACUUGCAAUACCUUGCUAAACAAUGGAUCUGAUCCACUAUAGUCCAAAUCUACCAGCCGUCUCCAACCGGACACCAUGGAUGCACCUCUGGAUGUGAGACUAUCAUGGGAAUGCUGCCAUUACCAAUGCAGAACUAAACUGGGAAUAUUUCUCUGCUGGAGGCACAGAUUUUAGGAUGAAAACUCAGUAGCCGCGAUUCAGUCGUCAAGAUGAACCCUUCCUCUCUGGACUGGUCCAUUCAGAGCGCCCUGUCGUCUCUUUUCCCUCCGUUUGAGGCUACCGCUCCUACUGUUCUCAGCCAACUCUUUCGCACCAUUGAGGAACGUUACCAUGGAGAUGCACUGCAGUGCCUGCUGAACUUCCUUAUCCCAGCCAAACAUAUCCUAGAGAGUGUGCAACAAGCAGCCUGUGCUGCAUACUCCGAUGUGCUGUUCCGGUGUGAGGGUUGGCCAUUGUGCCUGAGAGAUCGUGUGGUGAUCCAACUUGCCCCUAUCAACCCUUUACUGCUCCGACCUGGAGAUUUCUACUUGCAGGUGGAACCUUUUGGAGAACAGUCAGCCCGAAUCGUCCUCAAAAGUCUUCUUGUGCAGGAAGACCUCCUGGGGCAUGAGAAUCUGGUGCUGCAAGCCGGUUCCAGGUUGCUGGAGGGUACUGCAAUUGAGGGGACUCCCAUUCCUGAGACAUCUUAUCCAUGCAUAUUCACGGAGUCUUGGCUAAGGGAAAUAAAUGAGGGACGUCAUGGAAAUCCUCUAUGUCAGUGUGUGCUUUCCUCUGACCAGGGGGUUGUGAAGGUACCCUGGACCGAAGUUGCCAACCCAGAAUUCCUUGACAGACCCAAAUCUAACAUCUGGCCUGAAACAAAGCCAUGCUCAACUCCAACUCUCCGUGUGAAAGAUCUUAAAACUGAGAUUUCGAAGAACGAGUCACAGGUACCUAUAGGCCUUUUACCGCUUGAUAUGGAAACUAGGAUCCUUCCAGCAAAUGAUGGGAUGGCGGUUUCUGUUCAGCUAGUGGACGGUGGCAGCAGAUUGGUGAAGGUUGACCAAGGACAUCCAAUAAGCAGUUUUGCUGGAAAACCUGUUGGCUGGGUAUCUCCUAAUACCUGGGACAGCAGGCACAACCGAGAGCUGGAAGGAGAAUAUGUGGAUCUUUUAGAGUUCAACAAGGAGAAAGAGACUUUGGUCCUCAACAAAAUAGCAAUGCCCACAAAACCACUGGGCUUCAAGUUAGUCAGGACAACUCAACCUGCCCCAAAAAGUAAUGUUAACAUGUGUGAAGAGGACUGCAAUCCUUGUAUGCAAAACAAACCACCUGAGAGCAUGCAAAACGAUCCAGAAUCCAAAUGCAGGUAUCGGCAGUCUUACAUGGCAGCUCUCCGAAACCCUGUGAAUUUUGAGAGAACAAGUAUGCUACGUUCCCUAGAUGAAACAAGGACAGAUGUAGGGGAGGUUGAGCCAAGCUGUGAGGGAUACAGAGUUGGCCUUAGACUUAAACCUUCGAGUUGUACAUUUGGCCAGACACCAAACCAAGCAGACAGAAACCCGAUGCAAUCCUUUGAGAACUCAGUCCAACAAAAGCAAAGCCCAAAGAACUCAAGUCAGAGCAUACCUCAUGACUGUAGUUCAAGGGAGAAUGCGGAGUCUUCUGACCAACAUAUGACCCAACAGCUCCUUAGCAUGGUCCAAGCAAGACAACAACACAAGUCAUUCCUCACUGGGCAACAGGAUCUUCAACAGACUGUACUAGGAACUAAGGCACUACCCAACAAAAGGCAGCACUGUCUGAACAACUCUUUUAGACAUGAUUCAUUUCAAAUGCGGACUAGCGGCCAGAAACACGCCAAAACCCAACACUUACCCAAAAUGGGACUCAGGGCUUUACCUGACCACAGUGGUCAAAGACAAGAUGCUAAUCUAUGUUUGCAGGGUUUCAAUCAAAUUCAGCUAACACAGGCCUCCAAACAAACACCUCCUCUAUUCCAGCCCCAGUUCAGUCAGAUCCUGUUCCAAAAUGAGAACAGGCCUUUGGAUUACAAAGUCUUCUGUGAUGACAGACACAGUGGAAGAGGCUCAGGUUCACCUGUACAGGUGAUCAAAGGUAAAAGCAGGUCUAAAUCCCGCUCAUCCUCUUCAGUCUCAGAAACAACCAAAGAGUGUCUGCAAUCGCACAAGCCAACCAACAGAAGCCGCAGUGAUGUCUAUCCAGAAAUCAUUCCCAUGUUGCCUGCUAUCCAGGGAAUAAAACACACAGCUAAUUUGGUGUCCCCAAAAUUAAACAGACGACAAGAAGCAAGAAAGGAAGUCUACUCAUCUGGAAAGACUGGAACUCCAGCUGUUAAUGGAGUAGAGCUCCAGAAAUCAGACGCUGAUCAGCUCUUGACUGGCCAGCCUGAGAAUGGAGUUCAGGCAACUUUAUUUUCCCAGGACCCCACAAUCAAGAGCCUUCUCAAGCUAGGCAUCAUCUGUUUACCGGGCAGUCGUGACAGAGCUGGCCGGGCUGUGGUUGAGGUCUACGGGGGCAGGAAAGGCUGGGCGUCCUCUCAACUUUCUCCUCAUGAGUUCUGCAGACUGUUGCUCUACCUGCACUCCAUUCCCAGGAUGGAGGUCAGAGAGCUGGGACUGACCGUAGUGAUUGACAGCAGGAAGUGCCCUCUGCCCUCUGUGUUCUACAAAUCCCUGCUCAUGGUUCAGGAGCAGGCCCUUCAUGCAGUGCACACUAUCUUGAUGCUUGUUGAUAAAGACGCAAAUCCUCGACCAGAAAAACAUCCUGGUCUACAGAUAGAUGUUGUGACGUCACUAAAAGCUCUCCAUAAGACAGUUGAUGGACAGCAGUUGACCUCUGACCUUGGCGGAUCCUUCCCUUACAGUCAUGAAGACUGGCUACAGUUUCACCAGAAACUUUCUCUCUUUCAACUCGACCUACAAGCAGCAGCAUCAUUACUGCAGACAGCAAUCAGGAGACUUGAUGUUAAAAAAACAGAUACCGCAAAGGAUGUCCAGUCCUGCAUCCAGGAGCAGAGGAGUUCCAUGAAGAUGGUGCUUGAAGACACACGAUUGGUCGCCCUCCAAAGAGAAGGCGGGUCUAUUCUCGCCAGGAUGAGGAAGGAAGAGUCUCGAUUUGCUCAGUCUGAAGACUUCAGGGACUCUCUGGAGUCUGUGACGUAUCUGUAUAACCAGGUGGAAGAGGCCGUUCACACGCUAGUGAUCAAAUCUAACCAGUCACUGCAACAUCUCGAACAUGUUCUUCGGUUGAGAGAAGCAGAAGACUCGCUCAGCACAAUCCAAAAAUGGUGUGAUGCAGAGGAGCAGUCAUGGCAGAAAGACAAAGAUGACACAGAGAAAACUCUGCUGAAAAUAGAGCAGAGACUACAAGAUGUUCAGUCUGUUCUUAUACGAGCAAAGGAGAAAAAAGAAAAAGGGAUGUUGUUGAUAAAGGAAGUGGAGAGAAAAAGCAAAGGAAUACAUUACCCUGAAACCGAGGCUUUUGGGUGUAAAGCCACCACUUUCAAAACCAACGUGACCGGGUUUCUCUUGAAAGCUGAGGAGCGUAAAUCUGAGCUGGAGACGUCUGUCGAUCUCUAUCGUUUCUGUGAAGAGAAAGAAAACUUUGGCCUGUACGCAUUAUACAGCAAGAACAAGCCUCGCUCUGAGAGGCUGCUCAUCGAUCACGGGAGAGAGUUCUUUAAGCAGAAGCAGCAGCUGCUGGGUGAUAAGAUGGAUCUGUCCUCGUAUCUGCUGAAGCCGGUGCAGCGCAUCAGUAAAUACGGGCUGCUGCUGCAGGACAUGCUGCGUGAGUGUGAGACCGGAGCGCACGCGGGACACGAGCGGCUCGAGAUACAGACCGCGCUGAACUUCAUCCAGUUCCAGCUCCGCCACGGCAACAACCUGCUCGCCAUGGACGACCUUCAGGACUGUGAUGUGAAUCUGAAGGAACAGGGCCAGCUGAUCCGUCAGGACGGGUUCCUGUUGACCUUCAGGAAGAAGAAAUGCUACCGUCACAUCUUUCUCUUCCAAGAUCUCAUACUCUUCAGCAAGACACGCAGAACCGACGUUCGGAAUAGAACCGACGUUGGGAAUGACACGUACAUCUACAAACAAUCCUUCAAGACUUCAGACAUCGGUAUGACCCAUAAUUUCGGUGACAGCGGGCUGUGUUUUGAGAUCUGGUUUCGAAGGAGGAAGUCUCAGGACACGUAUGUCCUUCAGGCACCGAGUCGAGAGGUGAAGGAGAACUGGACCAGAGACCUGGAGAGGAUCCUGUGGGAACAAGCCGUCCUCAACAGAGAGAUCCGUAUGCAGGAGAGGGUGUUCAUGGGAAUCGGUCAUAAACCCUUCAUGGAUAUCCAGCCCAGUGAGAUGGCCAUCAAUGACCGAGCCGUCAACUGCUCUCCCACAGGACGAGGUGGGAUUCCUGUCCUCCGGCUGAAUUCUGUUGGCUCGGCCAGCUAUACGUCAUCCUCUGGAAGCCAUUCGUCCUCCUCUGGGUGGGGAUCCACGUCUCCUGUGGGUCAUCUGAUCAGUCCUAGUGGAGGAGAUGUUGUCCGGUACGUCCACGGGACCUCAGGGAUCCUGGAGGAAGAUGAUUUAGACCAGGAGAGCGGAAACCAGAGUACACUGGUGGAGAGUUCAGUGUCCUCAGGAGAAAGUGUUAGUUGCUUUAGCAGUUCUGGUCACAGCUGCUCGUCUGUGAUUGGUGGAGACUGUGAACACACCCAAUCUGAGGCGCCUGUCAUUGGUGUGAAAAAAGCGUGUGCCCACAACCACGAAUGCAGCGUGAAACCCACUAACCCACCAGGCCAAACCAGGGACCAUUCGUGCACUACAGUUCAAGGGACGAGCAUCAUAGGAAAGUCAACUGAAGUAUAGCCCAUCAUGUAUGUUUAUACUGUAAUAGCGUCAUGCUUUUAUGUUAUCAGGCCCAUCCUUUUUACCUUUUAUACCUAUCAAUCCUGUGAAACUCUAAAAUAAAGUUU